CAGCCUGGGACCCCCCCCGAGAAUCCUGGGGACACCCUGGGCCAUGGGCACUGUCAGCAACACCCGACCGAGGGGCAGCUGCCCUACCGCCGCCUGGGCCUGACGCCCCUGCACGUCGCCGCCGCGGAGAACCACGAGGCGCUUCUGCGGCUGCUGCUCGCGAGGCGGGCGGACCCGAACCGGACGGACUACCGCGGCUGCCCCCCGCUGCUGAAGGCCGCCGAGAGGGGCUCGCGAGACCUGGUCGUGGCCCUGCUGGAGUCGCGGGCGAACCUGUGGUCCACAGACCGGGCUCGCAAGUUCACGGCGCUGCACUCGGCGGCCAAGGCGGGCAACCUGCCGGCGCUGGAGGCGCUGCUCCUGGCCGCGGCCGGCGACCCUUCCGCGGCGACAGGGGCGCCCCCCCUCGUGAACCUGCUGGACCGCUGGAACCGGGCGCCGCUGCACUGGGCCGUGGUCAACGCGCACUCCUGCUGCGCCGAGCGCCUGGUCCGCGGUGGGGCCACCGUGCGCGGGGGCGCCGUGGAGAGGGGGAAGCUGCGGGUCUUCGCGGCGGAGGCUGGUGCCGGGGGUGUUGCGUCCGGCACGGGGCCGAGGAGGCGCUCGAGGCAGGAGGCCGCCCUGGAGGACCCGUGGGAGCUGGCCACGCAGCGGUACGGGGAGGGCGGCGGGCGCUUCGGGGACAUCCUGGGGCCCACGCCGAGGCGCGCGUGCUAUUUGCAGCGCCUGAUGCGCUGGAGGGCGCUGGCCAGCGUUCUGUUGUGCAGCGUGAGGCAGGCCUCGGGGGGCAUCUUCCUCCACACGCUCGAUCCCGACGGCGCCUUCCGCGAGGUGAGGUGCGAGACGCUCGCCGACUGCCUGCGGGAGGGGGUGGCCACUCCCGCGAUGGUGCUGCACCGCUCGUGGGCGCUGGAGAUCGAGGCCGCCCUGCAGCGGAGCCGCGGCCACGUCGCGGGCCUCAACGCCUCCGCGCUGCUCGCGCGGCAGGCGCAGGUGCGGGAGACGCUGCGGCGGCGCGUGCUCCGAGCGGCGCCCCCGCAGGAGCCGCCUCCGCUGCGGCUCGUGCGCAGGUACACAGACGAGGACCGGGGCGUGGAGGUGUCCCUGAUACUGCUCGAGGCGUGGGAGGGGCACGACGUGCCGGCAGCGAUCUUUGCGCCCAUCGGCCACAGGUCAAGCGGCUCGCCCUCGCCAGGCGUCCUGCACAUCCCCGGGCACCUCGCCGCCAGCUGGCGAGACCCGGCCGAGCAGGAGGUGAUGCUGGGGCUCGUGGCCAGGGGCUACGUCGUGCUGACGUUCGACACGCUGUCCCAGGGCGAGCGGCAGCAGUACGGGAGGGGCAACGAUCUGGAGUGCGGCUUCACCUGCGAGGAGGACGGGGGCUUCGCCUCCGUGGGCGGCAAGUGCAGCACCGCGCACGACCACUUCGGCAAGCAGCUGUGGCUGCUGGGCCGGAGUGCCGCGGAGCUGUUCCUGAGAGACGCCCAGCGUGCCCUCGAUCUGCUCGCCGCGGUGCCUGGCGUGGACCCAGGGCGGCUGGGCGUGGUCGGCUGCAGCGGCGGCGGCAUGCUCACGGCGUACCUCGCCGCGGUGGACAGCCGCGUCGCGGCGGCGUGCGUGGCGUGCUACUUCUCCACGCUGGGCCGCGAGCUCGAGCACGGGACCUGCAGCUACGACGCCGAGCAGAUCUUGUGGAAGCAGGUCAACCUCGGCAUCGACAAGCCCGACCUGCUCGCGGCCCGGGCGCCUCAGCCGACGCUGGUGAUGUUAACCACGCACGACUGCUUCCCCAUUCGGCAGCGCGCCCGGGGGGAAGUGAGGGGGGGCGGGCCUUCUCAGAAGGCUCGGAGGCCUCGGGCCUUCUGA